UAUGUGUAAUGCACUUGUCAGAGUUAUUUUAAAGACGCAAUAUUAAUUAUGUAUAGUUCUUAUUUAAAGCAAGUUUUAUUUCGUCAAAUCUCGACAACUUUGUUUCAGCGGUCAUGUUACUGCGGACGCAGUGUACAUAAAGUAGUGAUAGGUUUUUCUAAGAGAAACGUUUUUUUUCCCCUUUGUAUGUAUAUGUCCUAUUCCACGGCUGGGCAUUUUUCUUCCCAGGUUUCUUCUGCAAUAACCCAUAAUGUAAUCACGAAUCCAGAGGAGAUUGUCAACAUUUACAGAGAGCAGAGUCGGUUCCCGUCUCUGACAAAAGCCUGUAUCGGACCCGUGAUUACAUCCCAAUAUGGGGGAAAAUACUCUAAUAUCUACACAGAAUGGACCCAGUGUGAUCUGGAACGGAACGAAAACGUCAAGUUCUGUCGACAGUACAUCGUGUUUCACGAUGACAAAUCCAUUGUCUAUUCUGGACCAUCAGGAAAUUGCACAGAGAUAAAGAGAGAGCUUCUGAGUGCAGACUCUCCUUCAGGAGUGAUGAAGGCUGUCAUCCGGGAGUGCAGCAUCAAGGGAGAGGACAAGCAGUUCCUUGAGAUCUGGAGCAAGAACUGCAAAGUGAAGAGCAUCAAUCUGACUGCACUCAAAAAACACGGGAAAGUCUACGAAGAUGAUCAGUUUGGCUGCCUGGUAUGGUCCCACUCGGAGACUCACCUCCUGUAUGUGGCAGAGAAGAAGAGACCGAAAACGGAGUCCUUUUUCCAGACUGAGUCCCCGGAGACCAGCACUCUGGGUGUUGAAGAAGAGGCUUUGAAGGCAGAGAACAAGGAGGAAACCGUGAAAGGUGACCAGUUCGUGUUUUAUGAAGACUGGGGUGAAACCCUGGUGAGCAAAAGCACCCCGGUGCUCUGUGUCCUUGACAUCGAGAGCAGCAACAUCUCUGUCCUAGAAGGAAUCCCCGACAACAUCUCUCCAGGCCAGGUCUGACUUGGGGUUCUUUAUUUUUAAAACAAACUCGUUCUGUAUUUUAGGUCUUCCUUGUUUUAUGUGGAUCUGACUGGUGGCAAAUGUGUGCAGCUCUCUUCAGACACCAGCGCGGUUUUCUCUCCCCGCCUCAGUCCAGACUGUUGUCGGAUCAUCUAUCUGGAGUGUGGAGUGUUUGGGCCACAUCAGCAGUGUAACAGGCUCUGCAUGUAUGAUUGGUACACAAAGCAGACUAAAGUGGUGGUGGACGUUGUCGACAGGCCCACAUCAGCUGGUUUCACUGGGAUCUACAGCACAGCACUCUCCCCUUUCUGCUGGUCAGCCGACAGCCAGAGAGUUGUGCUUGCUUCCCCACAGAAGAGCAGGAAGGAUCUUCUUGUAGUGCAUAUUAACACUGGGGAUAUCACUUCGCUAACCACAGAUUCAGACGUGGGGAGCUGGACUCUGCUUACCAUUGAGCGAGACCUCAUGGUGGUCAGCUGCUCUUCCCCAAACCAUCCACACAGCUUGAAGGUGGGCUUCCUGCCUGCUGCCGGCUCCGAGUCGGGGGUCAGCUGGGUGGCGCUGGAGGAGUCCGAGCCCCAGCCUGAUAUUGAGUGGAAGGUGCUGGCCUUCACCCCCCCGCCUGCGCACGAGCACAAGACGUUCUCUGGCUUGGAAUAUGAAGCAAUCAUGCUGAAGCCAAAAAACACCAAAGAAGGAGCAAAGCUGCCCUUGAUUGUCACUCCUCAUGGAGGACCUCACUCGGUGAUUGUUGCAGAGUGGCUGUUGUCUCCUGCAGUCCUGUGCAAAAUGGGCUUCGCUUUGCUUUUAGUUAACUACCGUGGUUCCACGGGGUACGGCCAAGACAGUAUCCUUUCUCUGCCUGGAAAUGUGGGCGAUCAAGACGUAAAGGACGUGCAGUAUGCAGUAGAGAGUGUCCUGAAGAAGGAGCCCAUUGAUGAGCAGAAGGUUGCCGUGGUCGGGGGUUCCCAUGGCGGGUUCCUGGCCUGUCACCUGAUCGGACAGUACCCCGACUUCUACAAGGCCUGCGUGGCCAGGAACCCCGUCAUCAACCUGGCCUCCAUGAUUGCCAGCACUGACAUUCCUGACUGGUGCAUGGUGGAAGCUGGCUUCCCGUACAGCACUGACAUACUGCCUGACUCCGCUGUCUGGGGCCAGAUGAUCCAGAAAUCCCCAAUAAGAUACGUGCCACAGGUGAAGACCCCCGUACUGUUGACCCUUGGAGAGGAAGACAAACGUGUUCCCAGUAAACAGGGGAUUGAGUAUUACAAAGCCCUGAAAGCUCUCCAAGUUCCUGUCCGGUUGUUGUGGUACCCUGGCAAUAACCAUUCCCUGUCCAAAGUGGAUGCAGAGUCUGAUGGAUUCAUGAACAUUGCGCUCUGGAUAAUGCAGCACCUUUCCCUCUGACUUGCACGGCAGUCUUAAAUGUGUCCCUCUGUAGCUCGUCCCUCAGGGGCGUCCAGCCUGGACUUGGAGGGCCAUAGUGCCUUUCUUAUUUUCAUUCCAUCUGAGGAUUAAAUGACUUAAUUGGGUCAAUUGGUUGUUGAAGUAGGUAAAUUUAACAUGCAUUCAAGGUCUCUCCUUAUUAUUUAUGGGUUGCUGUAAAACUACUGGCUUUGUAUGUCUUUCCGGGCCCAGGAUUGAACAGCCCUGAGCUGUCUUCUAAUGCAGCACUUAAACACUGCCAAAUCUCCCCAAACAUUUGCUUCAUGCAAGCUGGGCUCCCAGCUUCACUUGCAUCCUAAUGGUUAGCCUAACAGCUGGUGUGAAGUCUGUGCUGAGAGAACACGUUCACACAGCCUACUGUUUAAUUAGCAUCGCUUAUGGUGUGGACUUCCCUGAUCAUUUUGUGUCUGAAUAAAAUUACGGCUUUUUAAUGGCCCCAAGAUCCAGUGUGUGAAAUCUGAUUCAAGAUCUAUUCCAGUCAAAUUAAUGUUAUCAUUUUAUUGUUAAAUCAAACCUGAAGAUCUUGAUGGCUCUUUCAAAAGUUGCUGAAUGUUGUAUUGCACUACUGUGGUAAAAACACUCAGGAUAGGUGUACAGAAUUUCUAGGGUGCAUUUCAAGUUUCAAAAAAUAUAAAUUGAGAUGCUUUCUGAAUGUUAGUUUUCUCGUUACCAGAGAGUUUCAGUAUACUGUAAGUAAAAAAAAUCCUGCAUAAUAUUUUGUUUCAAGCAAAACCAGUAACUUUGGUUUUGUAACUGAUUACCUUCAGACUUCCACUUCUCUUUCUCUUUAAAAAGUCCCUUUUGAAUGAGAGAUUAGCUUUGAUUUGAAAGUCAGGCAUGGAGGAAAAAGCAACAGUGAUUAUGAUGUUUGCUUUUCGGCUUGUUGAUUUGUUGCGAUUCAGAGGGGAGCUUGGCCAGUAGGACUGAUCUUAACCGUAUCUGUUCUCUGUUCUGAACACUUGAUGUAAUGUCUUCUGCAUUUUCUUCUCCGUUUGUCAUUCUGUUUAUGAUUGUUUCUUGGUCGUUUUUAGCUCAAUCUUUGUCAUCGUCAGAUCCAGGAGUUCACAAGUCAGUCACUCCUUUCUGAAACACUGUUAUAGAUUCCAGUGUUCUCUGCUGCCAUAGGUUUUGACAUUAAAGGGAAGGGCUGAGGGUGUGCUAGUGAGAAUGGAUAUUUCCAUUUUCUCUAACGUUUCGGCAUUGUUUUUGUGACUUUAAUAACUCAUUAAACAUUUUUGCCAUUUGA